CUGUAUCUCUCUUUAUUUUUAUUUUCCCCAUUGAAUCUAGGUUUCAGCUUCAAAACAACAUUUCUUUUUCUUUUUUUCUUCCUCUGCACAGUAAUAUAUGGAAGAUAAAGGGCAGGACCCUAAUAGUCCAGGAAAUGGAUCGGAAAGAAGCAGUGAGCCAGUAAGGUCGAGAUGGAUACCAAAGCCAGAGCAAAUCCUAAUCCUAGAGUCAAUUUUCAACAGUGGAAUGGUGAAUCCCCCCAAAGAAGAAACUGUGAGAAUAAGGAAACUUUUAGAGAAAUUCGGCACCAUCGGGGAUGCAAACGUCUUUUACUGGUUCCAAAACCGACGGUCGAGAUCUCGCCGCCGACAACGGCAGCUGCAGGCCAGCCUUGAACAAAGAAACAAUACUAAUAGUAAUCAAGUUGGUGAUCAUCAAAUGGGUAUAAGUAGUGGUGCAAUUCAGUAUGAAAUAAGCUGCAGUCCUUCAGCUCCAGCUCCUGCCAUAGCUUUUGGAGCUUCUCCUACUUCUUUUGGCUCUUGUAAUUAUCUUGUGGGUUCUUCUUCUUCUCCGUCUAGUGGUCAUCAUCUUAUGGCAGAUCAUGAUCAGCAAACGUCUUCUUCUGUUGACCAGUUCUUUUCAGUUUCUGGUCAAAUGGGGUUUCCGGAAAUCGAGCAAGGCUCUGGUGUAACGUCUGUCUUAGGAGGAGCUCCUUCAGAUACCUCAACUUUGCCCUUCCAAUCUGGUCUCAUCACAGUGUUUAUUAAUGGGGUUCCAGCAGAAGUUCCCAAAGGUCCACUUGACAUGAAAUCCAUGUUUGGUCAAGAUGUGCUGUUGGUCCAUUCCUCUGGUCUACCUCUGCCACUCAAUGAAUUCGGUUUCUUAGCUCACGGCUUGCAGCCUGGUGAAAGCUAUUUCCUGGUUUCAAGGACAACUUAAGUAGAUUAAAGCCGCCUGCAACUACAAAAAUGGAGCUUCCUACAAAUGUUUCUUCAUAAUCUUGCCUCUUGUUCUGGUUUCGUUCAUCAUCUUACAUUUACUUCCCU